AUGGUGAUCGCAAUUUCCAAGCACUUUGGAUGGCUCAUCGACCAGCACGAUGUGGUGACGGCUUUCCUGUAUAGCUUCAUGAAGGAACAAGUGCUCUGUGUGAUUCCUGAAGGCGUUGAGCUUGAUAGUAAGUUCGACUGCCUGGAAUUGGUGAAGUCAAUUUGCGGCCUCAAGCAAGCGUCGCGAGUGUGGAAUGCGACAUUCGACGAGUUUGUGUACUCCAUUGGAUUUCAAGUAUCGGACUUCGACCCAUGUCUCUACAUCAAUACUUUGGUUGGCCAUCGUGUGUUUGUACUGGUCUACGUGGACGACGUUUUAAUGACUGGAAGCUCGCUUGAGCUGAUUGCACGAACCAAGAACGACCUGAAGACACGUUUCGAGAUGACAGACAGCGGCAAGUGUGCAUUUGCUCUUGGGAUUGAGAUUCUGGACGGUGAAGACGGCAGUGUGUCUAUGUGUCAGCGCCGUUAUGUCAAUGAUAUCCUCAAGUGCUUUGGAAUGGAGGAGUGCAAGGCUGUGGCGAGUCCUGUGGAUGUCAGCUCUCGACUGAUGUCAAGCAACAGUGCGAGCAAGAUCGAUGUUCCAUUCCGUGAAGCUGUUGGUGCUUUGAUGCAUCUGACGACUACAACAAGACCGGACAUCGCCUAUGCUGUGAGCUUUGUGUCGCGCUUCACGGAAAAUCCCCAAGAAGAACACUGGGUUGCGGUCAAGCGCUUCUUUCGAUACCUGGAGAAUCCCCAAGACGAAUAA